CUAGACGGGAAGGACUUCCUUUGGUGUUUUUUCUUGCUGGAUAACGAAGGCUUUCCCAGAGUUUACAGCGGAAUAAAUGACCUGGUGUGAUAAUAAAUAAUCAAUGCAAGACACCGAUCACGUCCCAAGUUGAUGGCUUGUCUUGCUUCUCCUGUCCCUUCUGCUCUCGCCUCAUUUCUCUCCACCUUGCUUCCCCGCGGCUUCGCCGUAGGGCCUUCACAGCUCUGUGAGAGCAGGCUGGGGUUGUGGUGGGUCGGCCACUCGCUGGAGGCUGGAUCCCUGCUGGGGAGGGAGGGGGACGCAAAGUGGACCUGGAAGUGUCACACCGACCUGAGGACUCAAUGCCGAGAGGGUGAACUCGCGGUGAACUCUGAGUCCAAAACAGGUCACAGUAACAGCACAGAGGCAGAAAAGGUGCUGAUAGAGAUAGCAGCAAAUAAGGAAGCUCUUGUGCAAAAAGCUGCCUGGAUCAACUUUGCCUGCCAGGCGCGAAGCAGAGCCCAGCAGAACGUGGCUGUGCAGUGUGCGUGCGGAGAGGUGUGUGUGGCCGAGUGUGUGGAUGUGUGUCUGCGAGUGUGUGAGGUCGUCCAGCCGGGGACGGAGCUGCUGUUGUAUGAUGACAGUGUGGGAAAAAGUCAGGCCACAGACCAAACUGACACACAGGACAACUCCACUGCUCGAGACACAGAUCGGACAGAGAGCGUCCUUAACAACAGACCGAUCAUUCAAGAAGAGGGAGAGACAGAUGACAAACAGAACAAGAGAAUACGGGAGGAAGAGGAGGAGGAACAGCACAGAAAGCCCAGCAGGAGUCACCCAGUGAGACACAGGAGGAAGAGGAGGGUCGAGACAGUCCCGUCUGAGCCAAGUGUGGACAGUGAUGGACAGCAGGACAGUGGCACUGACAGUCAAACUGACAAAACAGCUAACAAAGCCAAUAAUAUCACAACAGCAGGUGCACACACAGACAGUCCAGGUAGAGUCCCUUCACCUGUGGACACACAGUCACACUGUCCCUCUGCAGACAGUCAGAGUGACUCCAGACGUCUCUCUGCUCCCCUUCCUGUCCGCUGCAGCUCCCGCUUGGCUGCUAAACCACGACGGGUCCACUGUCUGACCAGCCGGGUGAAGCGGCCCCCGGCCCGCCCCGACCCCCCUAAACCUGCAGAGGGACAGAGCCAGAGCUCCACUGAGGACGCCACCUCCGUCCCAGAAAAGGUGGUUUCCGUGACGAUAGUACACCCUGAUGCCGAGGCUGUCGCAGCAGCUCCAGCGUGGCAUCCAGAGAUCAGAGAGAGGCGGUACAGAUGUUCCAGCUGUGGUAAAAAGUUCUACCAGCUCGGCCAUUUAAAGAAACACCAGUUCAGUCACACAGAGGAGAAACCGUUCACCUGCCAAGAGUGUGGGAAAAACUACACCUCUGCAGAGAGCUUCAGAGCCCAUCGGAUGAGUCACCGCGGGGAGCGUCCGUUCUCCUGUCCUCACUGUGAGAAGACCUACGGACUGAAGCGGGACCUGAAGGAGCACAUGGUCCUGCACACCGGGGAAAAACCUUACACCUGUGAGCACUGUGGCAAGGCGUUCGCACGCCGCCCCUCCCUACGCAUCCACCGCCUCCUCCACUGCAGCAGAAUGAUCUACACUCAGCCUCCGAAGGUGCAGUGCACACUCUGCCCCAAGCUGCUGGCGAACUUAGGCUCUCUGAGGAACCACAUGAAGCUCCACACGGGGGAAAAACCUCACAUCUGUCAGCACUGUGGGAAGUGCUUCAGUCAGAAAGGAAACCUUGAGUGCCAUUUAAGAAUCCACAGCGGAGAAAAGCCAUAUCCCUGCUCCGAGUGCAACCAGAGUUUCUCCCAGAAACCAGAGCUCCACCGGCACAUGUUUUCCCACACCGGAGGAGGUUUCCUCUGUAGCUACUGUGGAAAAUCGCUGAGGGACCCACAUAGCCUGAAGUCCCACGAGAGACUGCACACUGGAGAAAGGCCACAUCGCUGUCCUGUCUGUGGAAAAGGAUACACGUUGGCCACCAAACUGAGGAGACACAUAAAGUCAUCUCACCUGCAGGAGAAGCCGUACAGCUGCCACUGCGGUGCUUCAUAUACUGUGAGACAAAGUCUGCUCAGGCACCAAGCUCAGCACAGAACAGAGGGAGGGACUCAGGAGGACGGAGGACACGGAGAGGAGACCAACAGCAGCAAGAAGGACCGUGUGCAGGAGAUAGAGGCUUUAAGAUCCAGUCACCCGAAGCCGAUCAGAGGCAGACCCAAGAAGAACUCCCUCCUUCAAACGGCAGGAGAGGAGGAGGCUGGUGAAGUGAAGCAGAGAAGGGGACGAGGAAAAGGGGAGGAAAAGGAGGUGAGGCAGGCAGGAAGGAGCGUUCAAGAGGAAGAGGCCUCAGCAGGAGGAGAUGGGGAGGCUUCAAGUAAUGUCCAGCACGCCGUCGUCUACGUCCACACGGACGACCUGCCCACGCCAAGCUCCGCCCCUCUGCUCCUCACCUCGGAGAGCUCGCUGCCUGCCGGGACGGGACAGGAGCUGGUGGAGGUGGUGAUAUCAGAGGACGCAGAGCAGUGCAUUGUGGUCCACGGGCAGCAGGCGGUAGGAGAGCUGCUGAUCUUACAGGAGGAAGGAAACGGGCUCUGCUCCGUGGCUCAGACUGUGGAGAUAAACAGCAUGUAGCCUGAAAUCUGUGUGUGUGUGUGUGUGUGUGUGUGUGUGUGUGUGUGUGUGUGUGUGUGUGUGUGUGUGUGUGUGUGUGUGUGUGUGUGUGUGUGUGUGUGUGUGUGUGUAUAGAAUCUGGUCCCUGGGUCUCCUCAGCCAUGAUUUCCUCCGCUGUGAUUGUUGAACGUCAGUGCACUGUUUGAUUCUGAGCUGACAUUUUACUCCUGAUGCUCAAGAUAAAACAAAACACUUUUGCUGUCGGAGUCCAUGAAGUUGCACUGGAAAUAUCUCAACCUGACAUCAGGUCUUUUACGUUUACUCAGACAUUCCCUGGAGUUUAAAGAGACAAAAUAAACCACAGCACACUGUAUGUGUGUGUCUGUGCUCCCACACAGGUGUUUACACGUAAUCUGGAGGUUUCUGCUGAGGUUGGACGUGAUCGUAAAAAAGGUGCAAUUUUUCUCAACGGGUGAAACGAAGGUAAAACAAGAGCGAGGAACAUGUCUGUCAAACACAGUCUGUGCAUCCCGUGUUUCUGCUGGUUGGUAAAUUCAACAAUAAAGUGUAAGCCCACUGAUAGAUUUGUGUAGUGUGUAGACAGCAGCUGCGACACCAGCAUCACUGUUCACAUACCUUCUUCUGUUCGCUGUGUAUCCAUAGGUAGGAAUUAAAAAAUAUCCUCGAGGUGCAGAUUAGGACCCGAUCAUCCCGGAAAAUCACCUUCUGA